CCGCAGCACCCAAGGGUGGGUCUCGAAGCUCAGCCCCCUCUGAGUCAGAGAGGUAAGGAGGUCCCUCCCAGAGGGCAACGCUGCCGUAGCUGCAGGUGAAGUCACCUGUGCUGCGCUCCCACAGGCCUCCCGCUGACUCACUUGCAAUUUUUUCUGCCUCACCCGGACGCCUGUCUCCGCUGAGGAAGAAGCAAGGAGGAAGGGACUGAGGCAUUUCACGCCCUAGAUGGGCCAGCCUGCCAGAGAAGCAGGCGGGUUUGGGAGGCGCUUGACUUGAGGCAGCAGGAGAAACAACACGGACAGCAAACAGGAAAACGGCUGAGACGAAGCCAGAAAAGAAAAAAUAUAUACCAGUGUGUGUGAGAGAAAGCCAUGGCCUCCUCCCAACCACCACCAGGUCCUUCAUUAGGUGACGGGGCUGUGCCAGGCGUUCCGGAGACCCCGACGGAUGCAGAUGACGACGCAGGAGAAGCCUUUGAUUUCGAAGACAGUGAGGAAGAGGACGGAGGCAGGCUGGUGGUGAGCCAUGCCCGGAUGGAGCUGGGCACUAGGGAGGCACUGAAAGACCCUCCCCCAAGGCGGAGGUCCAGCGUCAGCGAUGACCUGGAGCCCUCAGACGACUGGGAAGCUGAAGAGGCGCUCCUCGAGGGGCGUGUCCCGCUGAACCAAUCAGACUCCAGCACGAAUCUCGAUCACCUUGGCCUGCAGACUCCGUCAGAGUUCCUGGGAGUGGUCAGUAAUGGAGACGUGGUGGGACCCUCGCAGCCCGGGACAAGGACCUACAGCUGGAAGAGGAAGAGUUUCCGGCGAGGUGGUCAGUUGAGCACCCCAGCCACGGAAGAGGACGUGAUUUAUGACGACGUGCCUUACGAAAAUGUGGAACUGGAUCAGCGUGUUUCGGAGCCGAGCCUGAUUUACGAAGACGUCCAUCGCGACAAGGAACCGCCAGAGGCUGAAGAUCUAGGCUGGAGUUCCAGCGAGUUUGAAAGCUACAGCGAGGACUCGGGGGAAGAAAAUAAUCCGAAGACGGAACCCUCGAAGCCGAAAGUGUCCUUCCAGCCAAAGAUGACGCAGCUGAUGAAAGCAGCCAAGAGCGGCACAAAGGAUGGCUUGGAGAAAACCAAAAUCGCCGUCAUGCGGACGUUUCUGCAUAAGAAAGAAGUUCCAGGGGACGGGGAGGCUAGCAGGAGCGAGCCGGAGGUUGGACGCAAGCGCUCUCUAUCCUGGACCGGCGAGCUCUGCAAGGCACACAAGCUCUGCGCGGAGAGAGGUGACUCUGAAGAGGAGGACAUGGGAUUCUUGGAGGUCCCGGUGACAGAUCUGAAGCACUUGCUCCCCGAGCUAGGACCAAUGCCAGAAGGAUUAAGCCCUCAGCAGGUUGUCCGUCGUCACAUCCUGGGCUCCAUCAUGCAGAGCGAGAGGAGCUAUGUGGAUUCUUUGAGGCGAAUCUUACAGGACUACAGGAACCCUCUGAUGGAGAUGGAACCCAAAGUCCUCAGCGCCAGGAAAUGCCAGGUGGUGUUCUUCCGGGUCAAAGAGAUCCUUCAAUGCCACUCCAUGUUCCAGAUCGCCUUGACUUCGCGCGUAGCCGAGUGGGAUACCAUGGAGAAGAUCGGCGACCUCUUCGUGGCCUCGUUUUCCAAGUCGAUGGUGCUGGACGUGUACAGCGAAUACGUCAACAACUUCACCAGUGCCAUGUCCUUGAUCAAGAAGGCCUGCCUUACCAAACCUGCCUUCCUGGAAUUCCUCAAGAAGAGACAGAUGGGCAGCGUGGACCGUGUGACGCUCUAUGGGUUGAUGGUGAAACCCAUCCAGAGGUUCCCCCAGUUCAUCCUUCUGCUGCAGGACAUGCUUAAGAACACCCCCAAAGGCCACGCCGACCGGCUUUCUCUCCAACUCGCCCUAACAGAAUUGGAGACGUUGGCCGAGAAGCUCAACGAACAGAAGCGGCUGGCUGAUCAAGUGGCUGAGAUCCAGCAGCUAACCAAGAGCGUCAGUGACCGGAGCAGCCUCAACAAGUUAUUAAAUUCAGGUCAGCGCCAGCUUUUGCUUUGCGAGACCUUGACGGAGACCGUUUACGGCGACCGGGGUCAACUCAUCAAGUCGAAAGAGCGGAAAGUGUUCCUCUUGAAUGACAUGCUGGUGUGCGCCAAUAUCAAUUUCAAGCCGAUUAACACCAGGGGGCAGCUCGAAAUCAGCACCCUCGUCCCGCUGGGGCCCAAGUACAUUGUGAAGUGGAACACCGCCCUCCCGCAGGUCCAAGUGGUGGAAGUUGGGCAGGAGAGCAGUGGCCACGAGAAGGAGCACGUGGUCAUCCAGAACGUCGGGUCCAAGAAGCACAUGCCAAGUAGCCAGUCUUCACACAAUAAAGUUUACUUGGGCCCACCUCGUCUGUUCCAGGAGCUCCAAGACCUGCAGAAGGACCUGGCCGUGGUGGAACAGAUAACUCUGCUGAUCAGCACCCUCCAUGGCACGUACCAGAACCUGAACAUGACGGUCGCCCAGGACUGGUGCCUCGCUCUGCAGAGGCUGAUGAGGGUGAAGGAGGAGGAGAUCCAUUCCGCCAACAAAUGCCGCCUCCGUCUCCUGCUUCCGGGGAAGCCAGACAAGUCCGGCCGCCCCAUCAGCGUCAUGGUGGUCUUCAUCACUCCUAAUCCCCUCAGCAAAAUCUCCUGGGUGAAUCGCUUGCAUUUGGCCAAAAUCGCUCUCCGAGAGGAGAACCAGCCGGGAUGGUUGUGUCCUGAAGAGGAUAAAAAGAGCAAAGCCCCAUUUUGGUGUCCUCUUCUCGUCUGCCAUCUCCCCGCCUUCUCCUCCCGGGCUCUUGACCUGCAGUUGGGCGCGGCUGUACACACUCCGGUCCAUUCCUCUCUCUUGGGUUUCUCCGCCGUCAGCACUUCGCUACCACAAGGCUACCUUUGGGUCGGGGGAGGCCAGGAGGGCGCCGGGGGCCAAGUGGAGAUCUUCUCCCUGAACCGUUCGGUGCCACGUGUAGUCAAAUCCUUCCCCGUGGCCUCCCAAGUCCUCUGCUCAGAAUACAUUCCCGAGAGGGCCGAGGAGGAAAGAACGGAAGAGGACCAGACAGCUACCGAACAGCCUUUCCUGGCCCAGCCUGUAAUCUGCCUGGGGCUGCAGGACGGCAGCAUCCUGGUUUACGGAAGCGUGGACACCGGGACGCAGUGCUUGCUGUCGGGCAAAAGUCCUGGACUUCAGCCUGUUCUCUGCUUGAAGCACAGCCCUGAUUACCUCUUCGCCAGCCUACAGGAUGGAACCGUCGCAGCUUAUCCUAGGAGCAAUGGGGGACUUUGGGACCUCGAAGCUGAGCCCACCUGCCUGAACGUGGGGCCGGCGCCUGUGCGGACCCUGCUGACCUUGGAAGAUGCCCUGUGGGCCAGCUGUGGCAACCAAGUCACCGUCUUCGAUGCCGCCAGCCUGAAGCCGCAGCCGCCGUUUGAGGGGCACCCGGAGGAGGACGCCAGCGUCACCCACAUGAUCAAGGCGGGCAGCGGCGUCUGGAUGGCCUUCUCUUCGGGAUCCUCCAUCCGCCUCUUCCACACCGAGACCCUUGAGCUCUUGCAAGAAAUCAACGUCGCCACGCGAACCACAUUCGCCCUGCCAGGCCAGAGGAAUGUCCGCGUCACCAGCCUUCUGAUUUGCCAGGGUCUUCUGUGGGUUGGCACCGACCAAGGCAUUUUGGUCCUCUUGCCUGUGCCCAGGUUGGAGGGCAUCCCCAAAAUCACAGGGAAAGGCAUGGUCUCCCUCAAUGGCCACUGUGGCCCCGUGGAAUUCCUGGCGGUGGCCCUCAGCACUCUGGCGCCGGACAUCCUGAAGAGCGACAAGGAGGAGGAUCCAUCGUCGGAGCCCCCGGGCGCUGCGGAUGAGAAGAACGAGGGCCGGCCAUUGGAAAUGGCUGCCCAGGAGAGCCCCCCAACGCGGGAGAGGAGGAAAAAAGGCGUCCUCUUGCAGUAUCGUCUGCGCUCGACCGGCCACCUCCCCGGGCAGCUGCUGUCUGUGCGGGAGGCUCCCUCCGCCACCGGCGGGAACACCCUGGAGCACACGGAGGAGGACGGUUCCAUCUACGAAAUGGCCGACGACCCCGACAUCUGGGUGCGCAGCCGGCCAUGUGCCCGGGAUGCUCACCGCAAGGAGAUCUCCUCCUUGGCCGUCAUCUCCGGAGGGAGAGGCUACCGGGACUUCAGCUCGAACGGCAAGCUGCCGGCCAGCGGUGGCGAGGCGGACAGCACGUUACUCAUGUGGCAGGUCCCACUGUUGCUAUAACGCCCCAUCUUUCUCCCCCCCUCCCUCUGGACUGCUUUUCCUCCUCCGAUGCCUUGACGCGGCGCCGGAUUGGGGCUGCCUGGCACGUUGGCUACAGCCUCAUCCCUUGCAAUCCGAAAUCACUGCAGGGAAGUGGCUAGCCUUGGCCUGUCUAAAGAGCAAUCCAGGCUUUUAAAUCAUUUUCUUCCUUCCCUUUCAAUCUCCCUCCCUCCCUCCCUCUCUCUUUCUCUCUCUCUUUCUGUCUCUCUGUCUGCAGCAUGCUCUUUGGAAGACUUUCAAAUUUCAGAACUUUCCCCCCGUCUGUUGAGUCUUUAUCCCUCCUAUUCCCUUGAGAGAUGAGCUUGCGUUGGUGGUUUUUUAUAUUAUUAUUAACACUUCCUGGAUGCCGUAGGAACCAGGGUGCUCCUUGCAGGUUUUGGAGUCGCUGGAUCCUUAACCUCCUCAGAAAUGAUAAUUUCCCCACUUCCCCCAAAAGAGGCAUGAAGGUUUGCAUAUCGACGUGUGAAUAGAAUAUAUAAAUAUAUAUAUAUAUAACAUUUAAAACUCUGUAUAUUAUUACGUUGUAUAAAUAAAAUCUGUAUAUAUCGGGGGCAUCUUCAAAUGCGGGAAUAAAAGGUGGUUUAAAAAAGAUCAGCGUC